AUGGCUCGAUUCGACCCCUUCACCCUCAUCGACGUCCCUUACCGGUUCAUCAAUGACCACCCCCUCCAGGCCACUUUACUUAUCCCCAAGACCCUCUUUUCACCCCUGGCUCCCGAAGAACCCAGAAACCGUCCCGUGAUAGUCCGCUUUCACGGUGGCGGCUUCAUUGUCGGCCACCGCACUUAUGAACCCUGGUUCGCACAAUGGCUCCUCGACCUUGCKCAGGCCCACGAGGCCAUCAUUAUCACGCCAGACUACCGGCUCCUUCCUGAGUCCAACGGAGCCGAUAUCCUGAGCGACAUCGCGCAUUUCUGGCAGUGGAUGCAGACUAGCCUGUUGGAUCUCGCUUCGCAGAGUGACUGGCCUUUCUCUUUGGAUCUGACACGCACACUCUGUUGCGGAGAGAGCGCCGGAGGCUAUCUGGCUGUUUACUCCGCAUUGCACCUGCCAUCGAUGAUUUCUGUGACCACAAACACCGCCAUCGCCGAGGAGAAACAGGAGAACGUGAGCGUGAUCGUGGAUAUUCGAGCGGUGAUAUCCAUUUCCGCACCGCUGGACACCAAUGCCCCUGAGCUGAGGGUCCCACGUCCGCGAACGUUUAUCGGCACUCGGCCGCCGCCGCCACGAGAGGCAGAGGCGCGGAUCAGGACGUAUAUCAAGAAUAUCCCGCCCGGUGCGAUUCGGACGGGAUCCGAGCCCACGGCGGAGAUGUGGGAGCUGGUACUCUGUGUGUCGCAGCAGUCGUAUCUGCCGCGCUUAUUCGGUGUUAAAGGAAAUGGACAGAAGGCUGCAUUGAGUGGGAUUAUGGAGAGUUUAGAGAAGUGGAAGGAGGAGCGAAGGGAGGGUUUGCCAGCUCUGUGGGUUGUUCAUGGCAGUGGGGAUACGAUGAUUCCCCCGGUGUGUUCGACGGGAUUUGUAAAGCGCUUGCGGGAGGUGUUACCAAGUAUUCCUGUUAAGUUAGACUUGCUGCCAGGAGAGCAUUUGUUCGAUGUCGAUAUGACGAUGGAGGAGGAGUGGGUGACAAUGGGAAGAGGCUUUCUGGAGCACUACUGGCCCUGA